CACAAGUCCCUGUUACUCUUCUUCGCCAUUGGAACGAAGAAGAGAGGAGAGGCGGCGGAUACCUUCACCGAUCUUUAUCUCCUUCUCCUUCUUCCUCUUUUCUCUUCUACUUCUUUUUCUUCUUCCACUUCUUCUAGAAUCCUCUAUUCGGUACUGCUCAUCUACCCUGACCUCGCGACACCAGAACAGCGGCAAAAUCCUUCUCAUUUGUCAUUAGAUAUUCGGUGAUUUCUCACCGUUUUCUGCGGACCAGUGCUUAUCCCCCGUCAUCCCCAUUUCCCUCUCAGCUGGAAAAAACACGAAUCCUUCGAAAUAUACUGUUCAUCAUCUCAUUCCUGCGAACUGAACAGGGGCGGCGGCGGCUAUCUCCGAUCUCCGUUUCUUUGUUGCGUUCGCAGGACGAACAGAUCCAACCGUAGCAGACACCACUAGAAGUCUUCUUGUUCAGGCGAAGCUCGCGACGGAAUCAUCUCCUCUGUUGUCAAUCUCUUCGGUACAAACUUCUAGUCAUCAACGCCGCUCGUGAGGAUGAUCUGAAAGCAGUGAACCGUUGUAGUAGUUUCUUCCAGGCCGACAUACAUCAGAGCUGACGGCGCUGGUGAAGAGGUUCACUGAAUCAACUCGUUCUCGACCCAACCAGAUCUCACUAACUAUCAGACACAAAGAUGGGGGCUAUCAUUCACCAAGCUUUUUAGUCGGCUCUUUGCCAAGAAAGAGAUGCGCAUUCUUAUGGUGGGUCUUGAUGCUGCAGGUAAGACCACCAUUUUGUACAAGCUCAAGUUGGGAGAGAUUGUCACAACAAUUCCAACCAUUGGGUUUAAUGUGGAGACUGUGGAUUAUAAGAACAUUAGCUUCACCGUUUGGGAUGUAGGUGGUCAGGACAAGAUCCGUCCCUUGUGGAGACAUUACUUCCAAAACACACAAAGUCUUAUCUUUGUCGUAGACAGCAAUGAUCGAGACCGUGUUGUUGAGGCUAGGGAUGAGCUGCAUAGGAUGUUGAAUGAGGAUGAAUCGAGGGACGCUGUUUUGCUUGUAUUUGCAAACAAGCAAGAUCUUCCAAAUGCAAUGAAUGCUGCUGAGAUCACCGAUGAACUUGGCCUUCAUUCCCUCCGUCAACGCCACUGGUAUAUCCAGGGCACAUGCGCCACUUCUGGAGAAGGGCUGUACGAUGGACUGGAUUGGCUCUCCAACAACAUUGCUAACAAGGCAUAGAUGGCGUUUUCAUUUAUGAUGAUUUUUGAGUUGCAAUCAGUGUCAGAGUUAGAGAUGUUACCACUAUUUGCUCUCUUUGAUUUUUUACCCUUGUUUCUUUUUAUCUUUUUGCGAGAAAAGAGCUAUUGUCACUUGUCUUCCCAUUCACUUUGUUUAUGAUUAUAGAUACUGAAAUUUAUUUC